AAUCUAGGCUGGGAAGGGAUUAAUCACCGAAACCUUGCCAACAAGCCUUUUCCCUUCGUAGAUCAAUUACAUAACCGUGUUAUACAAUAUGUACAUCUCCAGUAAACCGUGAACGCUGAUAUGGACGAGGAAGUUCGUCAACACGCCAGAGAAAGAAGCUCGUUUCGCUAGUGCGUUAUCAGGGAGGUGUAGCCUAGGCUAUCCUCCUUUUGGCCCCGCUGCCACUGUGCUGGCUGCUCAUCUUCCUCCUCCUCCUCCUCCUCCUCCUCCUCCUCCUCCUCCUGCUUCUCCUCGUUGUGUUUCUGCAGGGAAAUACAAGUCAAGGUCCAGUGAGAGUCUCGACUGGCUGCAUAAAGACGCGCCUACUCCCGGUUGCGCACUUCUUAAGAAAGUAUACGUGUCCGAGUCUCGUCUGAGCAUCCAGAGAGGGGUUUCAUGGGAAGGAUUAAAAACUCAGUUUGAACAAAUAAUCGUCCAGAGAUGGUUCUUCAAAGGAUUUUUCGUGCUGUCAUUAUGGGACCUCCGGGGUCGGGGAAAGGAACAGUGUCUGCGCGCAUAACUAAAACUUUUGGACUGAAACACAUUUCUAGUGGGGACAUUUUGAGAACCAACAUCAACGCCAAAACCGAGCUCGGUCUGUUGAUGAAGUCCUGUAUUGAUCAGGGUCAGCUGGUACCUGAUGACGUCAUGUGUCGUCUUAUCCUGAGUGACCUGAGAGCAAUGGGCCAGAGCAGCUGGCUGCUUGAUGGUUUCCCUCGUACAGCAUUCCAGGCCGAGGCUCUGGAUGACGCCUACAGCGUGGAUACAGUCAUCAACCUCAAUGUACCUUUCCACACGAUCAAACAGAGGCUCACCUCACGCUGGACUCACCUUCCCAGCGGCAGAGUGUACAACAUAGAUUUCAACCCGCCUAAAGUUCUCGGUUUGGAUGAUGUGACAGGGGAGCCUCUUGUCCAGAGGGAUGAUGAUACACCAGACACAGUCACACGGAGACUGAAGGCCUAUGAAACCCAGACAGAGCCUGUCUUAGAGUAUUACAGGAGUAAAGGUGUACUACAGAUCUUCUCUGGGACUGAAACCAACAAGAUUUGGCCGCACGUCGAGGCUUUCCUUCACAGAAAACUCUCUUCCUUUAAACAGAAAGUUGCAUAGAAAGCCUGAACAGACUUUAAGGGUUAAAGUUUACCGGCAUAAACCACUCUGUACGCACAGUCCAAUCAUGUGCCACUUUCUGUGAACCAAGAGGAAAGCCAUCUGUGCAUUAAUAUAUUACGAAUGUUAAGCUCAUACAGUUUAUGUCAGGAGCGAUAGUAAGACUGCAGAUGUUGUUGGUAAAACUCCACAUUGUCUCAAGUUAGGUUGGGAAACUCUCAGGAUGUGUGCGUAAAAUCCUUAACAUUAAUCCUUAGAAUUUCCACAGAUGGUCUCUUUAUUUAAUAAUGUGCCUUUAUGAAGGAGACGUUACUGAAUCUAAUAUCAAGGUAACAUUUACAAGAAAUUGUAAAUUUCAAAAAAUGACAAAAACAACACUGAAAACAAUGGGCAAACACAACAAGAUAUUUGAGCUAAAUGAGAGAUUUUUCUGUUUUCUCCGUUAGAAAUCCUUUAUAAAAAUUACUAAAGGGAAAUGUGCCAUGUUCUACAAAUAACUGUAUAUUAACUUUUGCAAUCAAGUGCCUUUUGCUGCUUUUUGAAUGUAACAGGUAGCUCGGUGAAUGUAGUUUGUAAAUAUGUUUUAUGAAUAUGGACCACAGAUUGAAUGAUGUAUGAACCACACUUGUUAUAUUGAAUAUUUUUAAUUAAACAUUGUGUAACAGCUUCUUUUAA